AUGGACCUGCCUCUUAGAGCCCCAACAAAGAUGACAGUUCAAGAAGUUCCUGGUGCCUUUCCUACAGUGGAUGUCCCAGACCAUGCCCAUUAUACAAUUGGAAUAGUCAUUCUUAUAGUGGGGAUCACAGGAACUCUGGGUAAUUUCCUGGUCAUCUAUGCUUUCUGCAGGAGUAGGAGCCUUCAGACUCCAGCCAACAUAUUCAUCAUCAAUCUAGCUAUUAGUGACUUCCUGAUGUCCAUUACGCAGUCUCCAGUCUUUUUCACCAACAGCCUCCACAAACGCUGGAUUUUUGGUGAGAAAGGCUGUGAGCUGUAUGCCUUCUGUGGAGCUCUUUUUGGCAUUACAUCUAUGAUCACUUUGAUGGUGAUUGCCUUGGACAGAUAUUUUGCCAUCACAAAACCUCUGGCUUCUGUUGGAGUGACGUCUAAGAAGAAAGCCCUAAUAAUCCUGGUAGGAGUCUGGCUGUACUCUUUGGCUUGGAGCCUCCCGCCCUUCUUUGGAUGGAGUGCCUAUGUUCCUGAGGGGCUGCUGACUUCCUGUUCCUGGGAUUACAUGACUUUCACACCAUCGGUCCGCGCCUACACCAUGCUGCUUUUCUGCUUCGUCUUUUUAAUUCCUUUGAUUGCUAUCAUAUACAGCUAUGUCUUUAUAUUUGAGGCUAUUAAGAAGGCCAAUAGGUCUAUUCAGACAUUUGGAUGCAAACAUGGAAAUAAAGAGUUCCAGAAACAGUAUCAGAGGAUGAAAAAUGAGUGGAAGAUGGCGAAAAUUGCACUGAUUGUCAUCUUGCUUUAUGUCAUUUCCUGGUCACCAUACUCUGUUGUUGCUCUGGUAGCUUUUGCUGGGUAUUCCCACGUCCUAACACCCUUCAUGAACUCCAUACCAGCUGUGAUUGCCAAAGCUUCUGUCAUCCAUAACCCCAUCAUUUAUGCCAUCACUCACCCCAAAUACAGAACAGCCAUUGCCACACAUGUUCCUUGCCUUGGAUCCCUGCUGAGAGUGUCUCCUAAAGACUCACGAUCUUUCAGCAGUUAUCCCUCCUCCCGACGAGCGACUGUAACCAGCCAGUCUUCUGAGAUAAGUGUGCUGCAAAAAGGAAAAAGGCGACUGUCUUCUCUCUCUGACAGUCAAUCAGGCUGUACUGACACAGAAACUGAAACCCCCAGUAUGUUCUCCAGACUUGCUAGAAGACAGAUUUCUUAUGAAACGGGUAAAGACACAACUCAAACUAGUGACAUAAGAGCCAAACCUAAAUUGAAGAGCCAGGACUCUGGGAUUUGUGAGAAGACAGCUGUAGAUGCUGAUGACAUAUCCAUGGUGGAACUGAAGGCCAUAGAGUACACUGCUACGCCUACUCAGCAAACAUCUAAAAAAUGCAACUUAGAGGAAAUCAAGGAAAGUGAGAGCCUGAACGGUAUUGGACAAAGAAAAGGAGAGUCUCAUCAUGGACCAUCUGCAGCCCAGAUACCCAGCAUUACAAUAACAUACAGCAAUGUCCAAGGGGUAGAGCUGCCUUCUAGGUACAACUCUGGUUUCCUGUGCCCUAAGAUCAACAGCCACAAGCAGAACAAGAAGUCCAAUAGCUGA